GAGGAUUUGGAUAUAGGAAUGAAUACACUGAAAAGCUACAAGCUGAGUCCAAAUGAGCACUUUGUCUUAGGAGAAAGGAUCAGCUCUGAUGGCAGUAUAUUUCCUGAACUAGUUCUAGAAAAGCCUCUAGACCGAGAGACACAAAAUUACCAUGAACUAAUUCUAUCAGCUUUUGAUGGAGGAAAUCCAGUACAAACAGGCACUGCACUGAUUAAGAUUGCCAUCACUGAUAUCAAUGAUAAUAUACCUAUAUUCACCCAAGAAGUAUAUAAAAUAAGCAUUAAGGAAAAUAUACCUUUAAAUUCUACAGUUCUGCAGGUCAGGGCAACUGAUGAUGAUGAAGGUGUAAAUGCCCAGAUUACAUAUUCUUUUCAUACCCGGGCAAAUAAUAUUCUCCAAAUGUUUACAAUUAAUCACAAGAAUGGAGACAUUAGAACAAAGGGACAUUUAGAUUAUGAAAUGAGAAAACACUAUGAAAUAUCUGUACAAGCCAUGGAUGGAGGAGGGCUGGCUGCCCAUGCCAAAGUUUUAAUAGAGAUAUUGGAUGAGAAUGACAAUGUUCCUGAGAUAACCCUCACCUCCCUGUCUUCUCCUAUUCCUGAAGACACAUCACCUGGAACUGUGGUGGCUCUCAUUGCAGUUCGUGAUAAAGAC